UACACGUCUCUUCACUCUUGUGGUGUCUGUGUGGCAGAGUUUUGAGUGCUCACUUUACACUGCUAGACAAAGAAAGCUGGUGCUAGGUUAAAUCUAAUCUCUCUCUGGGAUACCCUGUGUAGGUAAAGUCAUUACGACAUAGUAUAGGGAUCAAAAACAAAAUAAAACUGAAGAUCUCUCAUCAGUUUUUAAUAACUGUCAUACAUGUCAUAACUCCAAAACAUGAUGUGCUAGAUCUUUAAGCUCCCCUUAGCUGAAGGCUCAUGUAAGCUUGUUACAAUAGUUUCUUUUCCUGGAGUCAAUUUGCCUGAUUUCCCGGUAAAAAAAAACCCAUGUCUUACAAUAAACCAGUCAGGACGAUUUCAGCUGUACAUGUAUAGUCAGUAAAAAUGCUACCAAAUUAUUAGUCCACCUCUUGCUUUGAGUGAAAAAUAAUAUAUUGCCCCCUUCUAGCUAGGUGCUUAUUAAAUGAUACUGAUGGAUAUAUUGAUCGGAACUUUAUCAUUGAUCAAAAUCUUCCUAACCAGGGGAGACACAAUUAAUCUAUUGUUGAUCAUGUUUUAACAGGUUAAUCUUUGAAUUUCACAUGUAAUUUUAGAGAGAUUCAGAUUUUUCAGAUAGAGUACUAACUAAAGUUUUCUCUGAGAAAGAAGAUAUGUUACAUGUCUGUAUGAUAUCUCAGGCACAUUCCUAGAGAUAGAUUGUGUUUCUUGCCUUCCUUUAAAAUCAAAGACAGAAAAAGUAUGAAGUAAUGUAUAUGUUUAACCUUAAAUCAAAGUGUUUGGUGGACAUCACAAAAAUCAUCCUGGCUGAAUCUAUCGGUACCUGUAUAUUUGGUGUGUUAUCUCAAACUGGUUGGCAAGAAAAUCUGCUUCUGGUCCACUGCAUAUAGCUGCUGCAUGUAAAAACCUCAUGCUCAUAUAUAGAUCAAUAGGGUGCAGGUUUGUCCAGAAUCAUGGUAGUUUUGGGGUCGAUGAAUGAGUUGUGAGGCUGGCAGCCCUGUUGCAUGCGUUAGUCAGGGUUCAGUGGGAAAAUACUUCUCUGUAUGUUUCUUAUUGGCUUUAGCUUCAUUCUUUGGUACCAUUCCUAUUCCAAGUUACAAAUGUAGGGUAGCCCUGCAUGGAACUAUUAUUUUGGUAAUGGAUUAAAAAUGUGUUUCAAAAUUGUAAUGUUAUGCAUAUUAAACGAUAAUUUUUUAUAAAACCAAUAAGUAAAUGUACACAGCUGCUAUAUAUGUUUUGACUUUUACAAAAACAUAUUGACCUAAUUUUGUAUGCAUAUACACGGUAUUAAAUAGAUCAAUCUACACAAUUAAAUCUCAAUGAUGGCUAUGCAUGGAUAUGGAGUGGAGAAAAUAGAUUCUUUGAAUUUGUAUACAAAUCUGGUUUGUUUGGUAAAAUACAUCAUAUUAAAAUUCUUUUGACAUACAAUAUAUCAAGUAACCACAUUUCUGUUCUAGCUGUUUAAAAUUCAUUGGCAAUAUACAAAUGUACACCCUGAUAUAUUGUUUGUAUAAUAGUGUUGCAAAUUCUUAUAUUUUACAGAAAACUUGAUUUAAAGACAUAUUAAUUUGUAGAAACAUUAAUAAUUUACUGAGAGAUGAAAGUGAUGUGUAACAGAUGAGAGCCACUAUAUUUAGUUCCUGUGUAUACCUCCUACCCACUACAGAGUGAUCAUGUGUGUACCUCAGUUUUCUGUGACACAUUCAAGCUCGCUGGAAUUUUCUUCUAUUAUAAAGACAUGCACGCAUGCCGUCGCUUAUUUAUGGCAUUUUUUUCAGCUUAAUGGAAUAUCAAAUAUAUUUGUUGUGUGAUUGUGAUCCCCUGUAGACAGAACCUAUUUUGAUGUGAUAUUCAAGUUCAUCCAUUAGUUAAUACAUUCUUCUCUCUAGAACUUCUUAUCCAAUGAAAACAUUUACUGGUAUAUGAAUAUUAUGUAUGAACAGUCUUUAGGAAAAGAUUUUCACCUUAAUAUGUUGGUAAGUUUAGUUCUAAAACAUGUUGGUAAGUUUAGUUCUAAAACAGAAGUCUAAGUUGCUAUGUAAAGUCUUUUAUAUAUACACAUAAUAUAUUAUAGGUUUAUAUUACACGUUAAUGGCAGAGCGAUUUGUAUCAAGCAUUUCUUGGCCACCAUAUAGUAUGUACUCCUAAAAGGACACAUCAGUGUAAUAGCUAGUAAACAUUUAAAGGCUCCAUUUGGUUGUUAAAGUUUUUUUUAGAUCAGUUGGCACUGUCUCCCACAUAUUUUUCAGGAUUUUCAAGAUUGAAAUAUUGUGACCAGCAGGAUUAAAAUUUUGAAUUGAAUAUUUUUGUUUCCCUCUUUCCGAGUAUAAUUUGUAGACAUGUUUGUAUAAAUUUACAAUGUAUAGUGUAAGUCAGUAACCCAUGGUUUUUCCACACUCACUUGUAGUCAUUAUAAGGCCUAAUUCUUCAAAUAAUAUUAACAGAGUCUUUAUGAUUUCUCUUUCAUUUUUAUCUCACUUUUGGAAAUGUACAAUUGAAAACUAGAUGUGAUAUUGUUUUAAAGAUAAAAUAAAUUGUAAGUCACACAUAGUGUUAUAUGUACAGAUUAAUAAUCGAUACAGCUAAUCCUUAUGUAAAAUUGUAAUCACAGAUAUGAUGCUAACUUGAAGGCCACAAAGAUAUCAAAAUCUAAACCAGUCCAUGGCAGCCCUGCGUGGAUGGCCCCCGAGCUCCUGGAGACAGGGGAGCUUACUCCCAAGGCUGACGUGUACAGCUUUGGUAUUAUACUCUGGGAAAUGUUGACGAGAAAACAGCCAUAUGACGGAUGUUCAGUGUUCCAGGUUCUGGAGAGGGUAAGAUUGAACAAGAGACCUGAGAUACCCCCAAGCUGUCCUACAGAACUGGCCAAGUUUGUACAGCAGUGUUGGGCACCUGUUCCAUCCAAACGACCUCCCUUCAAGGAUAUCCUGACACAGUUGGAAGAUAUGACAUUUCCCUCUGAGUGGCAAGAUCUGUUUCGCGAGGCAGGAGUUCCUCCAGAGGCACUGGAGGAUGUACACUCUACCCGAACCUUAAUCAGUCUUGUCACCAACUCUCUAGACACUGCCAAUGCCAAAAGUCUCAUUGAGGAUAUAAAACUCAAACGAUCAUUUGGUACAUACCCAGAACCAGAGGAAGGAUCUAGCAAAGUCAGUCAGCGCUCUCCAUCACCAAAUCAAAGCGAUUAUACUAACAGGUCAGCCGAAAUUAGGCCAACAAGUGCUAAUAGAAAAUCUCAGGAUGUUUUGAAUGAAGUUCUCCAAUCAAGAGAUUUGAGUCCAAGAAAAAUAAACUCUGUUCGGUCUCCACGAGAACAUUUUGCACAAAUGAAUAGUGAAUCACAUCGAAAGCCUGUUGAACCUCUUGUCAUACCCACAGGGAGAGAGGAUAGUUCCCAAGGGACACCUAAAUCUUUAAGGAGCAGUCGCAGUUCCCCAGAUACAAAUCCUUUUAAAAGUUCACCAGAUACGGCUAGGUCUCUCAGGAAUAGUCAAGACACUUGGAGAAGUUCUCAAGUUUUCCAGGAUGGGAUGGAAAAUGUCAGAAACAGUAAAACUGCAGAAAGUCAAAGGUCAAUAAGAAAUAGUACAGAAACUGACAAGUAUCACCAGAAUCAGAUCAGUGUCAGAAAGAGUUUUACAGCUAGUUGCACUGAUGUCAAACAUUCUUAUGAUGUAAAAAAUCCUGUGGUGUCUAGCUCUCCAAGAAAGGAGAUUAAUUCUCCACAGCCAAAUUGUAAUAACAAUUCCAGAGAUAUGAGUACUAAUUCUACUACUUCAAUAAACUCAGGAACAGGACAAACUGAUAGCCGAACAGGUGUGAUGCAAGGAUUCCGUAACAGUGACAGCUUGGAGUUCAGCAAAAAAAGUGGAGACUUGAGAAAAAGUCUUAUGAGUGACAUCCGCAAUAGUAGUGAUGUUGAGAUAAAAGGAAAAUCAUCUGUAGAUUUAAGACAAAAUUUACUAAGUGAAGUGAGAAAUAGCAAAAAUGUUUUAAGGAAAAGUGUACAAAAUGUGACACAAAAAUCAAAUGACAAGGUGGAUAUUUGUGCUCAGGCCAGUGUACAAGUAACUCCAAGAUCAGGAAGAGAUGCAAAGGAAUUCCAGCGUCAAGUCAUCAAUACAGGAAAGUCUCUGAGGAAAAGUAAACAGGACAGCCCACCAUCUGUGUCAAGCAUAAUGGAAGUUGACCCACGUGGGGCAGUGAUUGAUCAAAGCAAAUCACCAGCUUCUACUCAGCUUCAAAAAAAAGACUACUGGGAAUAUCAGUCGGGACAGCCUCAAUAUAUCACAGGACAUUGAGGUACAAAGUGUUGGCAGUAUUGAUUCUGAUAGUCUCGAUUCACCACAGUUACGAGACAGCCUCGAGGAUAAUUUAGAUAAUUACC